CUUCGAAAACCACACCCCAACAUCCCCUACAAAUGCCCUCCGAAUCCCCAACUCUAUCCAUCACCAAUCCAUCCACAAACCGAUCGACAAGUAAUAGCUAUUACUUUUCAUCAUCAUCAUCAUCAUCCUCUUCCCAUAAUUAAUGGCUGCUCAAAACAGUUCCAGAAAUGUCCUUCAUGUUUUGGGUUGCAUCUCUGCAUGUAUAAUGCUGUUCGUGCACAAGGGCAGUGCUUUGGAGUUAAAUGUUGGAGGUGAUGGGGUUUGGAAUGUGCCUUCCGAUAAGGAUUCAAACCGUUACAAUCAAUGGGCUGAAAAGCAUCGCUUUCAAAUAAAUGACACCAUUGUUUUUAAGUUCCAAGACAAAAACGAUUCAGUGCUUCUGGUAAGCAAGGAGGACUACAACAAGUGCGAUACAUCUAAUCCCAUUCAACAAUAUGGGAGUAAUGGCGGCGGCCAGCAGACGACGGUCACGUUGGGUCGCUCCGGUCCAUUCUACUUCAUCAGUGGGCUCCACUGCGACAAAAACGAGAAACUCGUGGUCGUGGUCCUGGCUGACCGCCGCCACAACAACCCGGCGGCGCCGCCUCCUCAGUCCAAGAACCCGACAACUCCGUCCCCUGCCCCGGCUGGCGAAGGGUCUCCCCCACCACCGCCUAGUGGCCCAAGUCCGUCGGUGGUGGUCACCCCAACUCCGGCGCCUUCCAUAGAUUCUCCUCCCAGCAAGAGUGGCGGAUUUCAAAUGGUCUCCGGCUUCGUUUCCUCCAUUGGAGUAACUCUUGUGGGCUCCUUGCUCCUGCUCUUUUAACUUAAUUGGAGGGAUUUGUGUGAUUAAAGUAUAAAAGUGUGGCCUGGGCGCAUUAAUUAUUUGUUGUUUGAUUUGAGUGCAUAAAACUUUGUUUGAGAAGCCCUUUGGUCGUUAUCUUUUCUUUUCUUUUUAUAAUACGGAGUAAAACUUUAUAAAAAUAUGGUUUGUAGUGAAUAAAAAGUUGUAAUUCGU